AGGUUGGGGUUAUAGCUGUUUUUGUUAACUUUAUUUUGCAAAUCCUUGAAAAAAUACAAUUUUGAAUGAAAAUCAGUUGUUGUAUGUGUAAUAGAAAUAACUAACCAAAACAGUUUUCAUUGCAUUUCAGUAGUUUUACAGUAGUUUUAAAAUAAAUACAAUUUCUGGCUCCGUGGCGAUCUUCACGUUGGGGAGUUCCGGCAAGAAAUUCUAACCACUUUCACCCCUGAGCAUAACACGAAAUUAACUUUCUAUGCUGGCGUUAGCGUCAUAAAAAUCACAUUUGACUACAACUCCCAGAAUUCACCACGCGUCUCAUUUCCGGUCCUGCGCCGUUUCUGGAGCGGAUUGGAACCCGGAGUCAGGAUUCGAUAAAUGAAGUGUCUUUUGCAGAAAAGGUUUGCAGAAUGGCAAGUCAGACUCCUGAGGAGAUCAUCUGGUGUGAAGAUUGUGAGCAGUACCAUGACUCUGAGUGCCCUGAAUUUGGACCCCUGGUGACUGUCCAGGACUCUUUUGUCCUCAGUCGGGCCCGUUCCUCUAUUCCAAAUAGCCUGGAGAUCAGAUCAGUGGCAGAGGGCCUCGAGGGCGUUUUCGUCCAACGACGGCUGGUCAAAAGGACUCGUUUUGGUCCGUUCGAGGCAAAGCGGGUCACCGUUUUAGACAAAGAAGGAGUAUUUCCCUUAAAGAUCUUCAAGAAAGAUGGCAUAGUCGUGUGUUUUGACUGUAGUAGUGAAGAUGACUGUAACUGGAUGAUGCUAGUAAGGCCUGCCACCGAUCACCAGCAUCAAAAUCUGACUGCUUACCAGCAGGAUGAAGAAGUGUUCUUCAACACAUCCCAGGAUGUGCUUCCAGGAACAGAGCUAAGGGUCUGGUAUGGCGCUUUCUAUGCCAAAAAGAUGGAGAAGCCAUUGCUCAAGGUUUCAGUGGAGCCACCACUACCACCUCCAGUUUCGGGAUCUACAAUCGAAACUUGUGAGAAAACCAGUUCUUCUUCGACCCCUGGGAUGAAUGACAAAAAUUUAGAUGCAGUAAAUACGGUGAUGGUAUCUACAGUGCUUCCGAAGGAGUGCCUACUACCACAGGAGGAGACCACGGUUGAGCCCGUUGAGGAUGGCUGUGACCCCACUUUUCAACCACUUAUAAAGAAGGGGAUCAAUCGUGGAAGGAAAGCUAAGAGUCGCAGACCUCGAGCUGUCGCCGCUGCAUGCAGGACCAAAGAUGUGAAGCCACCCGUGGCGAGUAUAGAACCACUUCCAUCCGAGUUAGCAGUUGCUACAGAGAGAAGCCGCCGUCUCGGGGCUUUAGACGUCGGGACUCUAAUCAAGAGACACAAAGGCCGAGAGCACAAGAGGGUGUACCGCUGCUCCCUGUGCAACAAGGUCUUUCAGAACAGCAGUAACCUGAACCGACAUAUCCGAUCACACGGUGAUAAACUGUUCAAGUGUGACGAGUGCGACAAAUUGUUCAGUCGAAAGGAGAGUUUGAAGCAGCAUAUCUCCUAUAAGCACAGUAAGAAUGUGCCGGACCUGGAAUACAAGUAUAAAUGCAACACUUGUGAAAAAUCCUUCCGCCUAGAAAAUGCCUUGAAAUUCCACAAUUGCAGGACAGACGACAAGACGUUCCAGUGUGAUAUCUGCUCCCGCUUCUUCUCCACUAACAGCAACUUGUCCAAGCACAAGAAGAAGCAUGGAGAAAAGCUCUACUCCUGUGAAAUCUGCAACAAGAUGUUCUACCGCAAAGACGUCAUGCAGGAGCAUCACAGGAGGCAUGGUGUCGGUCCAAAACAAAUGAAGAGAGAAGAGACCAAUGGAGAAGAAGCCACAAAGUACAGAAAAGAACCAUCACCAUGUCCCAUUUGUAGCAAAGUGUUCUCCUGCCGCAGUAACAUGAACAAACAUCUGCUAACUCAUGGCGAUAAGAAGUACAUCUGUGAGAUCUGCGGCCGCAAGUUCUUCCGAGUGGACGUGCUUCGGGAUCACAUUCAUGUUCACUUUAAGGAUAUAGCCUUAAUGGAUGAGCAGGAAAGGGAGGACUUCAUCAAGAAGAUCGGAAUUUCAGCAGGUGACAGCGACGAGAAGGAUGAUGAAGAAGAUGUCAAUGACCCUGAGCGCCACAAGUACAACUGCAAGAAAUGUCAAAUGUCAUUUGCCAAAGGCCGAGAAUACCUUAAGCACAUCACUGAACAGCAUAAAGAGCGAGGCUACGGCUGCGCUAUAUGCAAUCGACGCUUUGCACUCAAAGCUACUUACAACGCUCACCUUGUCAUCCACAGAGAGCAGCUGCCUGACCCUGCCGUGCAAAAGUAUAUCCAUCCCUGUGAAGUUUGUGGGAGAAUCUUCAAUAGUAUCGGGAACCUGGAGAGGCACAAGAUCAUCCACACUGGGGUGAAGAGCCACAGCUGUGACAAGUGUGGCAAAUCCUUUGCAAGGAAGGACAUGCUGAAAGAGCACCUGAGGGUCCACGACGACAUCCGAGACUUCCUGUGUGCAGAGUGUGGGAAAGGCAUGAAAACCAAGCAUGCUCUCCGACACCACAUGAAGUUGCACAAGGGUAUCAAAGAGUAUGAAUGUAAGGAGUGUAACCGCAAGUUUGCCCAGAAAGUCAACAUGCUAAAACACUUUAAGCGACAUACAGGUAUAAAGGACUUCAUGUGUGAGCUGUGCGGCAAGACAUUCAGUGAAAGAGCAACUCUUGAGACACACAAACUGAUUCAUACAGUGGGAAAAACGUGGACUUGCGCUACCUGCGAUAAGAAGUAUCUGACAGAGUACAUGCUGCAGAAGCAUGUGCACUUGACCCAUGAGAAGGUAGAGGCCCAGUCGUGUUACAUCUGCGGCACCAAGGUUUCCACGAGGGCCUCAAUGAAUCGACACUUGCGACGCAAACACCCUGAAGUUGUGCCUGUGAGAAUUGAGGAUUUUGAUGAGCUACAGGAAUCCCAGACAAUCAAUGACUCGCCCAUCAACGUCGUGCAGCCAAGCCUGACACUGGAAAAAGAUGGCCAAACUCAUGAAAGACUUAGCCGAACUGCACGCCAUGCCAAGAAGAAGCUUAGAGUUACACCAGAGUCAGAACUCUCCGGAUCAGAUGAUUAUGUUGAUUUUGAAGAGCAGCAUCCUGAAACUCUGCCAGAAUUCAACACUGUUGUUAUAGGCGAAGAAACAGAAACGAGCUCUGCAGUGCAAAGUAUCCAACAGGUGGUGGUUCUCGCUGACCCCAACGCUCCAACCACUUCCUCCCAGAACAACUCAGUUGGGCUGAGCAACAUCACGGUCACACCAAUCACCAGCCCAAAUACCGCCCAGUUCACCAGCCUUCAGCCCGUAGCCGUCGGACACCUGACAGCCGGGGACCGGCCAAUCUCACUGGACAACUCCAUCCUCACUGUCACCUUCGACUCUGUCAGCGGCUCAGCCAUGCUUCACAACAGGCCUACCGACCUUGUCCAAGAAUCUGUCGGCCACACGGGGGGACCGUCGACACAGUCUGUCGCACAUUUUAUCAACCUUGCCGCUCUUGUCAACCCCAUGGGCCAGCAGCUUGAAUCCCAGACUAUGGCCUGGAGGCCAGUACUGGCGGCCGAGGGCGGCCAGGUCGCCCCUGUGGUCGGAGGUACCCAGGCGAAGGUUCACGAGGUCGAGAGUCAAGGGCCCGAGAGGGAGCGGACAGGCCAGAGUCAGCCGCCCACGCCACAGCAGCAAAGCGGCACUGCACAGCAGAUGUUCAGCUACUAAUGAGGUGCUGGCCACCUCAAGCUAACACAUGUAUAGACACUUAUUGUAAAUUUUAUCACUUGUACAUAGAUUUAAUCGUCACCCUGAUGCCUAUCCAGUGCCAUGGAAGUCAUUUAGUUUUUUCUUUGUUAAUUCUGAAAAAUUAAACUGUAGAAUUGACUAUCGUAAAUUAAAGUGCCAUCCAUCCAUCCAUUAUCUAUUGCUUAAUCCAGGGUCAGGUCACGGGGGCAGCUGCUAUAGCAGGGAAGCCCAGACUUCCCUUUCCCCAGCCAAGAGACAUAGUCUCUCCAGCGUGUCCUGGAUUGUCCCCGGUGAAUCCCGCCAGUAGGACAAGCCCGGAACACCUCUCCGAAAGGUGUCCUGGAGCUGUCCAAGCCAGAUGCCCGAACCACCUCAGCUGGGUCCUCUCAACAUGGAGGAGUAGAGUCUCAACAGUGAAUCUCUCCCGG